GCGAGUCCCCACGGGCCCAUGAGGAAAAUUUUCAUCUCUAUUUCUCAUCUUGAUUCGUUAGUUUCUUCCCUGAUUAAAAAAAAAAGUCAAUAAUCCAACAUCCGACGGUUCAUGUACCUUGCAUAAAGUCACCACCUUCGCCUUCAGUACAGGUUCGUGUAUUUUCUGAUUCCAUUGGCGCCAUCUUCAUCUCUGAAACCCCAUCUCCUCAAGACUCCCUGCACCCUUCUUCUCUAUUCUUCUAGGGUUUUUUGUUUUCCUUUCAUCCUCCCAUGGCAACUUACGGUGGGGGUGCUGCGUACAGGUCCAGGGAGGGUCUUAGCACGAGACCAGGUGCUAGUUCCGAUGAAAUCCAAUUGCGGAUCGAUCCGAUGCAUGGUGAUUUGGAUGAUGAGAUCACGGGUCUUCGCAGCCAAGUCAAGAGAUUGAGAAAAGUAGCGCAAGAGAUAGGGACAGAAGCGAAAUUCCAAAAUGAUUUUCUAAAUCAGCUGCAAAUGACGCUGAUCAAAGCUCAAGCUGGGGUGAAGAACAACGUAAGAAGAUUGAACAAGAGCAUCAUUCAGAAUGGAUCAAACAAUGUUGUCCACGUGGUUCUUUUUGCACUACUUUGUUUCUUUUUAGUCUAUCUUUGGUCCAAAAUGUCCAGAAAAUGAAAAUCCUCAAGGCCUCGUAUCACCUCACACCAUAUGGAUGUUUCUUUUAAUGCCAAAAUAUAUUUGUUGAAUUGGAAAAGCAUAUACUAGUUUAUUGUAAAUCCUUCUCCAUGAUCUUACUAGCUUAAGAGUUGAACAUCUUGGUUUGAGUUAAUCCGAUGCCAGGGUUAGAUCAAUUCUGUUUUACUCAA